GGGGGUACGAGAGGACAUCGGCACCGGGACUGAGGUACCAGCGGCUGUCGGGACCGGGGAUACGAGUGGACAUCGGCACCGGGACCGGGGCGUCCCGGGGCUGCCGGUAUGGCGGGCCGGGGCCGCGGCCGCGGCCGGGGGCAGAUGACGUUCAACGUGGAAGCCGUGGGCAUCGGCAAGGGGGACGCGCUGCCGCCGCCCACGCUGCAGCCCGCGCCGCUCUUCCCGGCCCUGGAGCGCCGCGCUGCGCCCCUGCCUGGGGGCGAGGAGGGCGAGUACAUGCUGGCCCUGAAGCAGGAGCUGCGCCGGGCCAUGAGGGGACUCCCCUACUUCGUCAAACCGGGGGCUCCCCGCAGAGACAUCGAGCGCUACUCUGACAAGUACCAGCUCUCCAGCCCUGUGGACAACGCCAUUGACUGGAACCCAGACUGGAGGCGGCUCCCACGGGAGUUGAAGAUCCGCGUGCGGCGGGUGCGGAAAGGCCGGACCACUGCCCUUGUCCCCAAGCAGCGCGUGGCACUGGACAAGGAGGAGGCUCUGAAGAAGCUGGAGAGCCUGGAGAAGAAGGAGGAGGAGGUGACAUCAGAGGAGGAAGAGGAGAAGGAGGAGGAAGAAGAGGGAAAGGAGGAGGAGGAGGAGGAGUACGAUGAGGAGGAGCACGAAGAGGAGACCGACUACGUCCUGUCCUACUUUGACAACGGGGAGAGCUUCGGCCCCGACAGCGACGAUAACGGCGAUGAGGCGGUGUACUGAGCUCCAAAACGGGGACACCCCAAAACGGGGACAUACCAAAAGUGGGGACACCCUGAAAUGGGGACACUCUGAAACGGGGAUACCCUGAAACAGCAACACCCCAAAAAUGGGGACACACCAAAGCGGGGACACCCUGAAACGGGGACAUCUGAAACAGGGACACCCGGAAACGGGGGCACCCGGAAACGGGGACACCCCAAAAACGGAGACACACCAAAAGUGGGGACACCCUGAAACGGGCACGGCCCCAUAGCCCUGACACCCCAUCCCUGGGUUGUGGGGCACCCCAAAAACGGGAACACCUCAAAACGGGCACUGCCCCACAGCCCUGGCACCACUGUUACCCCCAGGCUGUGGGGCACCCCUGUUAUCCCUUGGGGACAUUGGGGUCCCUGCCACCUCCCCAGGACAGUGGGGACACCCUGUAACCCCUUGGGGACAUUGGGGUCCCUGUCCCCCCUCUGGGGGUCGCGGGGUCCCCUGGCUGCCUGUCAUUCUCCUUUUCACCACCAGGUGGCGCCGGUGGCCCAGGCCCGGAGGGGCGGGACCCCCCCCAAACCCCCAAAUUUUGGUUUGGUUUUUGGGGGGUUUUUUUGGGUUUUUUUUUAUUUUUUAUUUUGGUGGAUUUUGUGUGAAUCAAAGAGAAUUUGGGUAUUUCUGGCUCA